AUGGCGACACUAGCAGAUAUUGGAGUAGCAGCAGCGAUUAACAUCAUAAGUGCUUUGAUAUUCCUUUUGCUGUUUGCAAUCUUGAGGCUCCAACCAUUCAACGAUAGGGUUUAUUUCCCUAAAUGGUACUUAAAAGGUCUUAGAAGCAACCCGUUGAGUUCGGGUGCCUUUGUGAGCAAGAUUGUGAAUUUUGAUUUCCGUUCUUACAUUCGGUUCUUGAAUUGGAUCCCCGCGGCGCUACAGAUGCCAGAGCCUGAGCUUAUUGAUCAUGCUGGUUUGGAUUCUGCUGUCUACUUGAGGAUUUACAUGAUUGGACUUAAGAUUUUUGUCCCAAUUGCAAUACUUUCAUGGUCAAUUCUUGUACCAGUCAAUCUGACAAGUCAUGGAUUGCAACUAGCGAAACUUCGUAAUGUAACAUCGAGCAAUAUCGAUAAGCUUUCCAUUUCAAAUGUGGAACGUGGAUCAGACAGGUUUUGGGCGCAUCUCGUGAUGGCUUACGCAUUCACAAUCUGGACUUGCUAUGUUCUAAUGAGGGAAUAUGAGAAAAUAGCUUCCAUGCGAUUAGCAUUUCUCCAAUCCGAGAAGCGACGUGCUGAUCAAUUCACUGUUCUGGUUAGAAACGUACCACCAGACGCAAACGAGUCAAUUAGCGAGAACGUGGAGCAUUUCUUUAUGGUUAACCACCCGGACCAUUAUCUUACCAAUCAGGUGGUUUACAAUGCAAAUGAUUUGGCUGAUUUAGUAGCGGAGAAGAAGAAACUGCAGAAUUGGUAUGAUUACUACCUUUUGAAGUAUACAAGAAACAAGGAACAAAGGCCAAGGGUAAAGUUGGGGUUUAUUGGGCUAUGGGGAAAGAAAGUAGAUGCAAUGGAUCAUUACACAGCUGAGAUUGAGAAGAUAACCGAGAAAAUAAUGGUAGAAAGGACGAGAGUAAUGAAAGAUGAGAAAGGUGUGAUGCCAGCAGCUUUCGUCUCUUUUAAAACGCGUUGGGGCGCUGCGGUUUGCGCACAGACUCAACAGACAAAGAACCCGACGGAGUGGCUAACUGAAUGGGCUCCAGAGGCAAGAGAAGUGUACUGGCAAAACCUAGCAAUGCCUUACGUGUCUCUCACGGUAAGGAGAUUUGUGAUGCACGUCGCCUUCUUCUUCCUCACUUUCUUCUUCAUCAUCCCAAUCGCAUUUGUUCAAUCACUAGCGAGUAUCGAAGGUAUCCGGAAAUCCGCUCCGUUCCUCAAUCCCAUCAUCGAAAAGAAGUUUAUUAAAUCAGUGAUCCAAGGUUUUCUUCCCGGUAUCGUCUUGAAGCUCUUUUUGAUGUUUCUUCCAGCGAUUCUGAUGAUGAUGUCGAAAUUCGAAGGGUUUGUUUCGAUAUCAGCGUUAGAGAGAAGAGCUGCGUUUCGAUAUUAUCUUUUCAACCUUGUGAAUGUUUUCCUCGGUAGUAUUAUCACAGGAUCAGCAUUUGAACAGCUUGAUUCUUUCCUUAAACAAUCCGCAGACCAGAUUCCACGGACGAUUGGAGUAGCAAUACCGAUCAAAGCAACGUUUUUCAUAACGUAUAUAAUGGUGGAUGGUUGGGCUGGUGUGGCGGGAGAGAUUCUUAGGUUGAAACCGUUUGUUAUUUUCCAUUUGAAGAACUUCUUCUUGGUGAAAACUGAAAAGGAUAGAGAAGAAGCUAUGGAUCCGGGACAGAUUGAGUUCUAUGCAACGGAGCCAAGGAUUCAACUCUAUUUUCUUCUCGGACUUGUCUAUGCUCCGGUCACACCUAUUCUACUUCCUUUCAUCAUCUUCUUCUUUGGUUUUGCUUACCUCAUAUUCCGUCAUCAGAUCAUAAAUGUGUACAAUCAAGAGUACGAGAGCGCAGCUGCGUUCUGGCCAGACGUUCAUGGACGUAUAAUAUCGGCAUUGAUCAUUUCACAAGUCCUGUUGAUUGGAUUGAUGAGCACGAAAGGAAAAGCUCAGUCCACGCCGUUCCUCGUCGUUCUAACGAUCUGCACUAUCGGUUUUCACCGGUUCUGUAAAGGCCGGUACGAAUCGGCAUUUGUCAUUAACCCUUUGCAGGAAGCUAUGAUUAAAGAUACGUUGGAGAAAGCAAGAGAACCAAACUUGAAUCUAAAAAGGUUUCUUCAAAGCGCUUAUAUUCAUCCAAUUUUCAAAGACGAAGAAUACGAAGAUGACCGGUCGGAGGAGUUGCUUGAGGAUUCGGACGAUGAAAAUUGUGUAGUUGUACCGACCAAACGUCGGUCCCGGAGAAACACCGCGGCCAACAGCAGUGCAAGUGGUGGCUCGACACCGUCACUGCCUUUUAAUCGACCUGACACGGGUAAGGAAAAAUCGGAGUCUUGA